AUGCCCGUUACAUUAAGAAAACGUCCCGCUCCAGCUGAGCCUCCAGCUCCAGCUCCUCCUGCUAAAAAGAAGUCAACUGUCGCAAAAUCCGUCGCAAAAGUUAAAGAAACCGUCAAGAAAGCCGCUGAACCAAAAGCUACCAAAGCUACCAAAGCUACUCCUCCAUCAAAGACAAAUGGAUCCAAAGCAAAGACUGAAACUAAAGUCGAAGCUCCAGCUCCCUUGCCUCAAGUUAAAGCUUCUAAAGCUUCAGCUGCCGCUCCAGCUCCAGCUCCAGCUCCAGCAACAACAGCAACAACAACAAAAGCUGUAGUUGGUGAAACCAUCGAUCUUAAAGGAUUCGGUGGAGAGAUUGAAACGAAUGAAGGUGAAAAGACUACACUUGAGAAACUUGUUUCCGAGAGUAAGAAUGGUGUUGUACUUUUUACUUAUCCUAAAGCUUCUACUCCUGGAUGCACAACCCAAGUCUGCGCUUUCCGCGACUCUCAUCCUACCCUCCUCUUAACCGGCUACACCGUCUACGGUCUUUCAAAAGAUUCCCCCAAAUCCAACACCACCUUCAAAACCAACCAAAAACUUCCUUACACACUUCUUUGCGACACAAAGUCUUCACUUAUCUCCGCAAUUGGUUUAAAAAAUGCGAAGGGUACCACUAGAGGUGUAUUUGUCAUUGACAAAUCUGGAAAGGUGUUGGCUGCACAGGCUGGAAGUCCUAAGGGUACACUUGAGGUUGUAGAAGGAUUGAUUGGUGCCAAGAAAGAAGAAGCUGCGAAGGAAGAAGCUGUAGUCGAAGGAGAGAAAGAAGCUGAAAAAGAAAAAGACAAUGAAACUGCAGAAGAAACAAAAGAGGAAGUCUCAUCAACCUCAGCAGAAAAACAAACCGAGGAACCAGCAAUCCCAGAAACAAAUGGUACCAACGGGACCAACACAUCUCCAUCCAAGGAAGAUGUAGCCAAAGCAGAAGUUGCAGCCGAUGUAGCCGAUACAGCUGAAAAACUUGACGGCAAAGAUUCCGAAGUUAAAGCUGCUGAGACUUCAACAGCUUGA